UUCUUUUAAACUCAAUAGCAUUUGCAAACUGUUUCCGAAGCUUAUUUUGUGAAGCCUAUUUUAGUGAAAAGCGGAAAGCAUUCAAGUGAACAAUUUCCUAAAAUUUUACUUUAAUACGAAAUUAUGGUAUGAAGAUGGACUUCAAAAGUAAGCCAGUAAUCCUGAGCUGUGUAUCCCCGCAGAACAACCGGUUUGCCCACUUGGACCUGGAGGCUCUCUACGGCAUCCCCCUGCUCUGUCCCGUUGAGAAGUGCCAGGCCCAGAUGUCCCCGCUCGAGAUGCUCACCCACCUGCUGAUGCGGCACAGUCCCCACGAGUCGAUGAUGGAGCUCAAGUCCGACUGGCCCACGCAGUACGAGGUGGAGCUGGACAAGCUUACUCCGGGCCGGAACCAUGCCGUGGGCGUGAUCGCCUACGGUGGCACCCCGAGAAGUGGACGCAGUUGCGCGGUGACGCCAGAGCUGCAGAUAGUCCACCACCUGCCCAUCAUCCUAAUGCUGUACGUCAGCCCGCCGGCUGUAAAUAUGGAGCAGGCCUACAUCUUCUACCUGGUCAGUCCGGUGGCCUCCAAGCGGGUCAGUGCCCAGGUGUCGCUGCUGGACAACGACCACACCCACGAGAAACUGGGCCUCCGCUGCCUGCGAAACUUUCUGGACAGCCCGCUGCAGGACAGCGAGUCGCUUUUGUACUGCAACUUGGACUACCUCCUGUACACGGCCAUCGAUAUCCGGGAGCUGUGCCGCUGCGCCAAGGAUCGGCGUGUUUUCGUCAAAGUGGUGCUACACGGCGAACCCGACCUGUUCGAGGUGGAGGACCACCAGGGGGAUGGCAGCCCCCCGGCAAAAUCCCAGCCAAAGGUGACUCACUCCGAUUGACAGACACAUUAGACCCAACUGCCGGUAAUUGACGCACACACUUGAAACUCGAGUGGCUGUCAAUAAUAUUCGAUUUUUCAUGUGUACUAUAUGCGAGUAUAUUGUACUGUCAGAAAAUUCGGUCUCCACUUUUCA